GACCACAACACCGUAAUGACUUGGAAAUGCAUUACACAACCACAGUGUGGGGGUGUGACUAGCACAGUCAUUACGGUAAAUGUAGGCUGCGGAGCCUCGCUGUGUCCGACAGACCGGGAGUUCCACUGGAAGACACUGCGCCGGACAGGUCUUAGAUGUUAUCCUUUUUUCUGAGCCACAGACAACAUCCCAUCUAGUCAGGUGCAACUCCAAGGCCACCCACUCUUGGUUUUCAGUCAUCGUCUGACAAUCUUGACGUCAACCCUGUGAGAUUUGGAGAGAGAGGACCGCUCGUCUCAUCGUUCACAGUCCCAGACCAAACUAGCAGAAGGAGCAGCCCCUUCCAUUGCCCACCCUCCCCUGCUGCUAGGACCAGCAUGGCAGACAGCCGUAAGCCAGAAGAUUGUGCCCCCCAGUGGGACCCAUCAGGAGGGCAGGAGCCCACUGGCACCCAAGGAGCCAAUGGCUACUCUUCCUCAGCGUACCGGACUUGUCAGACUGGUGGAGCACACAUGGCCACGGCCUCCUACACUGCCAGGGAAAAUGGCUUCAAUGGGGAGUUCACUGGUGCCCACGCUAUAACUGCAGAGCAAGUGUCCGCACGGAUUGUGCAAGAAGUAACGGCAGAGGCAGUGGCCGUGCUGAAAGGUGAACAGGAGACUCAAAGGCUGCCAUCAGUUGAAGACACCACCAAUUUGCCCCCCUCCCCUCCCCCCUCACCUGCCGCAGAGCACUUUGGCCCCCUGGAACAAGAUGUAGGGGACGAGGAGGAGGCGGGCCCUCUCCGCCGCUUCCAAAAUUCUCGGGAGAGGUGCAAGUUCCUCGCCCCCUCCAUCUCAGUUUCCGUGCCUGAGGACGACCCCUACCACUCCGACGAGGAGUACUAUGAGCACCCAUUGUUCAGCCCAGAGUGGACGCACUCUGGCUCUCGCCCCACAGGGCAGGCCGUGGCCUUUAGACAGAUUGAAGAAGAGACCAUGGAGGCUCUUACAGCUGAAUACGAGGAAGAGGUGGAAGAGGAGGAGGAGGAGGAGGAGGAGGAGAGUGCAGAGGCAGCAGAGUCCGAGGCAGCUCUUGAUGAGCAGCAAUGGAGUGGGGAAGAGCCUGAGCUGGACAGCCCCCAAGCUGAAACCUUAGAGCAGGCAGAGGCCAUAGACGAGGCCCAGGACCUAGACCUGGAGCCGUCCGAAGCAGUUAGUGCUGCUGCAGAAAGCUCUAUGGACAGAGAGGAGGAGGAGGAGGAGGAGGAGGAGGAAGCAGAGGGUGAAGCGACAGCUUUGAAGAUGGACUCAGACAAGCAGGCCAGUGGGUCCAUGAGUCCAGACAGCAUUGGAUCAGAAAAACGCCCAGAGGAGUUUUUUGAGCCCCAGAUGCAAGGAUUCUUUGCUGGUGAACGAGUCGUACCAGAGAGCCCCACCAUGGAUAUGCCACCCUUUGUACCUCAAAACCAAGCCAAAGAAUCCCCCAAAUCACUCACACUUCAGCCGCUGUAUGGCGAGCCAAUCACAGUGUCAGAGAAGCAGCCGUCAGUGGAGGUGAUGGAGUUCACCAGCAUAGGUGCACCUUCUGAUUUCUCUUCAAUGGGAGUCAAAGAUCAAGGAGGAGACACGACAAAAGAUGCAACAGACAGAUCUGGCAUGUCGGCAUAUUUUGAAACGUCAGCCGCAGAGCCCGCUGAGGCACUACAGUGUAAGGGAGAGGGUUAUUACGAACUGAGCAGAGCUGGUGAAGAGAAGACUGCAACCGAAGCCCAAGAUAAAUCUGAAAAUAAGAGUACCGCAGAAGCCACUGGAGCAUUCCCACUUCCUGAGAGGGGUAAUGAAUGCAGGCUUUCUCCAGGUAAACUGGCCCUAGAGCAGAGGAGUUACUCACUUAACAUCACAAUUGGAGCAAUGGAUCAGAGUGGCCAAGGUAGAACCAAGCACUUCUCCCCACUGGCUACAGAUAUAAUGUCAUAUACUAGUGGUAGCCUAGAUGAAUCAGCAGACUACCUCCCAGUCACUACACCCUCUGUGGAUAAGCCUCCAUCCUUCCCUCCCUUGAUCCUGGAGACUGCAGCUUCCAUCACUUCAGACUCCUCAUCUCCUCCAAGAUCGACUGAUGUAGAUUCAAAACCCAGCUCUGAACCAGAGUUGCCAGAAUCCCCUCAGCCCAAUAAUGGUACCUAUAAAAAUGGCACAGUCAUGGCACAAGACUUGCCCGAGAUGCUGGACCUGGCUGGUACCCGUUCAAGACUGGCAUCAGAAAACACUGAUCCAGAAAUUACCCGUAGAAAAUCCAUUCAAGUUGAUGUUCCCGCUUUCCCCGAUGACCCUCUGGCUAGCCUUAUUUCAGGGGAACAAAGUCCUGGAGCCAGAAGAAGUGAAAGCCAGCUGGAGGAGAUGGGCUAUUGUGUAUUCAGUGAAUAUUCAGGGCCAAUGCCAUCCCCUGCAGAUGUGUUAAGCCCUACAAUCACUUCUACACAGGGGUUCACACACUCUGUUCUAGAGGAGAAAGUGGCUGCGCAGGCAAGGAAGUUAGCAGUCAGAGACACAUCUAUGGAGGAAACGACACAGCAGUCAGAAGCUGCUGAGGUCACUGAAGAGAAAGAUCAGACACAGGGAGACAUUGAAAGGCCAACUGAAGAAAAGAGCAAAGAGAUUGCCGAUGAUCUAUUAAAUAAAGCUGCAAAUAAUGAGGAGAAAGCACCUUCCCGUAGAAGUGAGUCAUUUGUGACACCAACAGUCACGGUGACUCUAGAGGAAGGUGGGAGGUCACUGGGUGACACUGAACGACAAGGCAGCGGUGAAGGCUCAGCGUCAGAAACCGAGAUCGCCGACUAUGAGAGGCAAAUCCGCAAAUUGGAGAUGGAGGACAGGCCUCUCAGUCUGGAAGAGGAGCGAGAAUUACAGGAGCUCCGGGAGAAGGUGAAGCUGGUGCACCAGGAGGCUUACGAGGAAGUGGACGCUGAAGAUGUGUACCAGUUGACCGGCGUGGCCAAAGACCGCAUCGCCAGGCCCGCCAAAACUUCACCCACUUCAUCCGUGGAGAGUAUUAUCGAUGACGACAAGUUGCUCUCUCCCGUGCUCUCACCUUCUAAGGCGAAACAAAGGGAUAUUUAUGGCUCACCCAAAAGAGCACUUUCACCAGUGUUAGGAAUAAACAAAGAGGAGAAAACUAGAGACGAAUCAGAACGAAAGUUGAGUGAAGAAGCUGAGAAGAAAAAAGAAGACAAAGAAGAGCCAGAGACAAAAGAAAAGGAAAUGAAAGCAACAGAAGAGAGGGAAAGGAGAGAGAAAGAAGAGAGAGAAAAGGAAGAGGCAGAGAGGAUAAUGAGUGAAGAGAACGAAAGGAGGGAGAAAGAACGACAAGAGCUCGAGAUGAAAGAGAAACUGGAGAAAGAGAGAAAAGAGAAAGAGGAGCAAGAAAAGAAAGAAAGAGAAGCGAGGGAAAGGAUCGAGCAAGAGGAGAGAGAGAAGGAGGAAAAGGACAGAAUAGAGAAAGAAUUGAGAGAGAAAGAACAAAUAGAGAGGGAGCUAAAAGAGAAGGAAGAGAAAGAGAAAAUGGAGAGGGAGAUAAAAGAGAAGGAAGAGAAAGAGAAAAUGGAGAGGGAAUUAAAGGAGAAGGAAGAGAAAGAAAAAAUAGAGAGGGAGAUAAAAGAGAAGGAAGAGAAAGAGAAAAUGGAGAGGGAAUUAAAGGAGAAGGAAGAGAAAGAAAAGAUAGAGAGGCAGCUAAAAGAGAAGGAAGAGAGAGAAAAGAUAGAGAGGGAAUUAAAGGAGAAGGAAGAGAGGGAGAGGGAAUUGAAGGAAAAGGAAGAGAAAGAAAAGAUAGAGAUGGAACUUAAGGAGAAGGAAGAAAAAGAAAAAAUAGAAAUGGAACAGAAACUAAAGGAAGAGAGAGAGAAAGUGGAGCAAGAGGGAGGUGAGGGAGACAUGAUGGAGAAAGCUGGGGCAGCGGCAAUAAAGGAGAUCUCAGAAUCUCGAGCUGCCAUCGAAUCAGUGGUGACAGUUGAAGACGAUUUCAUCACCGUGGUCCAAACCAUUGAUGAAGCCGAGGAGCCAGGACACAGCAUUCGUUUUUCGGCUCCGCCGGAGGUCGAAGCGCUUUGUGUCACCGGUCACGAAGACCUAGAGGAGGAAGAGGAGGAGUCUGUUGAGUUAGCCCAGGAGGCGGACAUUGAGGCUGCCAGUCUAGAGGAAAUGGGUGAUAUCCCUGAGACGCCCGCGUCCCCUGAGAAGGAGGAGGCUCAGACCAUUGAAACAGAAGAACAGACAGAAAGCUACGAUAGAGAUGAGACCACAAUGGAUGACUCCAUCCUGGACAGCUCCUGGGUGGACACACAAGAUGAUGAUAAGAGUUUGGUAACAGAGCAGUUUGAGCCUUUGCCCAAGGUGUCCAGCCCAGGCAAAAUGACAAACAAACAAAAGAAGAGCGAGAAACCAGAGAAGCCAAUCAAACCAAAGGCCAGGGGAGGGAGAGCUCGAGGUCGAAUCUCCACACCAGAACGCAAACCUGCGCGCAAAGAACCUAUCUGCAUCCCCAGAGAGGAAGAGAAGAAGAAAAGAGCUGUUAUACGGAAGACAGAGCUGACCAAAAAAAUGGAGAAUCAAUCCCCAUCUAAGAGGACCGUGAUGAAACCGGCUGUCCGCGAGACUCGCUCCACCCAGCACCACUCCUGCCCCAGAAGGAGACCCACAGAGGCCCGACCAGACUGUCGUCAGCCUCUCAGUGUUGCACGACAGUCUCGUGACAGAGCAUCGGACGGUGGAUCACGGAGCCCAGACAAGAAGUCCUCCGUGCCACGUCAUGGCUCUAUACUGAGUCGCCGUGGGUACCACGACCAAGAGGAGAGUUCCACCUCCAUCACCAGCUCUGGCUCCACUGCUCCCCGCAGACCCACAUCAUUUCACACUGAGAUGAGGGCAGAGUACAGGACAGGACGAGCCCCGAGUAUGACAGUUACAGAAUCAAUACGCUCCCGCUCAGCUCGCAGCGGCCACUCCACCCCGCGCACUCCAGGCUCCACAGCCAUGACACCGGGUACUCCUCCCAGCUACUCAUCAUCAUCAAGGACUCCUGGAACCCCUCGCUCCCUCAGCUUGAUAUCCCAGGACAGGAAGGUGGCCGUGGUCCGCACCCCACCCAAGUCGCCUGCCACCACACCCAAGCAGCUUCGCAUCAUAAGCGAGCCACUGCCGGACUUCAAGAAUAUCAAGUCCAAGAUCGGCUCCACGGAGAACAUCAAGUACCAGCCCAAAGGAGGACAGAUCCAUACAUCUGUGCGUUUCUCCAUAGAUUCACACAUUUCAUGCAAUAAAGUAGACUUUAGUCACUUGCUGUCAAAAUGUAGCUCCAAGGAGAAUCUGAAGUACUCUCCUCAUGGAGGCAAUGACUGUGUUCUCAUCCCCAUUGUUAAGCUGGACUAUAGCCAUGUUCAGUCUAGGUGUGGGUCCUUGGACAGGCGAGGCUACUCAGCAGGAGGUGGAAACGUGCAGAUACAGAAUAAGAAGAUUGAUUUGAGCCACGUGACCUCCAAGUGUGGCUCUCUAGACAACAUCCAUCAUCGACCUGGGGGCGGACACGUGCGCAUAGAGACCGUGAAGUUGGAUUUCAAAGACAAAGCCCAAGCCAAGAUCGAGAGCCACAGGCUGGCAUUCCGAGACCAAGCUAAGGCCCGAGGGGACCACGGCGCUGACAACGUUGUCCAGUCACCAGGAUUGUCUGGAUCGGUGUCUCCCCAACGCCAGCGUGACAGCCACCUAUCCUCCUCCGGCAGUCUCAACAUGUUGGAUUCGCCGCAGUUAGCGACCUUGGCUGAGGAUGUCACUGCGGCUCUGGCCAAGCAGGGUUUGUGAACAGUGGCUCUGCUUUUUGUUGUCUGCACUCCAGACAUCGUCACGCUCAUCCACUCAAACUUUUCUGCCCACUCCUGCCACCCUGAGGCCAAUCUCAGCUAAGCCACAGCCUCUGAACACCUCCACUUCAAGAACCAUGUCUCAACUCUUCAAGUAGAGACUUGAAUUAGGAGCUAUUGUAUGUAUGGUCCUCUUAAUUUCUUGUCUAUUUUGAAUCCAACUAUGUGUUAUUUCUGAUUCCUUUUGUUGGCCUCUCUCUCUCUCUCUCUCUCUCUCUCUUUGGAUGAUGUUGCAUAGAAUAGUUCAGAUUGAUCACUGGCCACAGAUUAGGAUGAGGACCAGAGAUCAGUAUUGUGAAGAAGCUACCUUGGCCAGCACACCAUGCAGCACGUGUUGUUCUUGCUCAGUAAACGUGCAUGGACGCCAAACCCCCCUAACAAACCAAGCAUCCUUACUGCAAGUCAUUCUUAUCAUCCAAUAUAUAAUAUAUUUAACAAAUAUAUAUAUUGAAACGUGUAUAAAAAAAACAACAACAACAAAAAAAACAACAGGUCCUUUGCCAUCUAAAUGUCCUCAAAACAUUUUAAAAGGAAGUGACACGAUGGCUAUAAAAUAUUCCUGUAAAAUUGCAUUAUUGCAAAAACUAAGUCUAUGUUAUGACACGCAUGUAUUGAUUAAAAUAUUACGAGAGGCUAUUUUGUAACUAAACAACAAUUUUAGUAAGUUAUUUCCUCAAUUAUUGGAUAAAACAAACCAAGUUCAUGUUUUGUAGUUAUUAGUUGUUGGUGACAGUGUCAGACAGCUGAUUUGGUGUCGCUAAGGAAUGCAGUCCUGUUGAAGAGCAUCACACACUUGUACCUGCUCAGUAGUUCAUAAUAGAAUCCUGUUUAUACACUAGAACAAUAUUUAAUGCAGGAGUUUGUGCCACACGAAGAAAGCGAUGUUGUCUUUGCAGCUGCAGAUAAUCAGCUCACACGAAUGAACCGUUGCGGAACGUCUCUCCCUCGUUUGAACCAGGGAGGACGCUACAGUUUGAAACCUGAGAUUUAGCAGAAGAGCAGCUACUUAAAAAUCUCUGCGUGAGAGUGUGUGUGUGUGUGUGUGUGUGUGGAUGCACGAUAGGUGCCGAUCACAUGCUGUUUUACCACAGAUGCUGCCAUAAUGUGGGUGUUUUGUUGCGAUAUGUUGAAGAAGAAAGUGUUUUUUUUGUUUGUUUUUUCUUGGGGAGGGGAGGGGGGGGGGAUCCAUUAAAAAGGACACUCGAAGAAAAAUAAAAACAGAGGAAACAUAUUAAACUUCUGUUACACCUGUUGUUAGGAAAAAGUGUUUGGGUGAUCUAGUUUUCUUUUUCAGACACCAUCUGUGGUAUAUCUUGCCUCCAGCCUAAUUACUGCCCUCACCUGCGACUGUUUGUUUGCUUCUGUGUUUUUUCUGCAUUCCCCAUCUCCAUGUGACCCCUCCCUGCCUCCUGCGCCACCAUACAGCAACUGUUAAUGUAUUUAAAAGGUCAAGUAGAUGUACGCAGUUUUUCUCUUGUUGAUAUGACAACAAUUACAAUAAAUAAUGCCAAUAAAAAGGACAAAAAGUGAUGCUGGCGUACUGCUUUUUUUUGCAGAUGACGAGACGUGACAUUUUAGGAUUUUCUGGAAGAUCGAAAGGAAAGAUUGACCAACGAGCGUUAUUUGGUUUUGACUGAGCUACAGCGGAAGCUGUAGCUUUGUAAGAGUGAUAGCAACAAUUUAUUUUAACUCGGACAAGAAAACGAACAUGCUCAUUUUCAAAAAUAACUCCUUCAUCAAAUAAAAUAAGGCACACAUCAGGGGCAAAAUGGGAGUUUGUGAACAUUUUAUUGUGAAAUGGCAGAGGAUACAAUAAGUUAAGACGUCGGGGUUGGGUCGGUGAGAAGUGGAUUCAUUUUCAUGGCCAGUCCUGGGCCAAAAUCAGUCACCUAACUGGCAGAUAGAGAGCCAGCCGGACAGUAAAGUGACACGAGAGGAUCAUCAUUAUCUGACCUUCCCCUCCGUCACUGUUCCACUGUGAAAAACCAGUGACCAUUAAAAAAAGGAAACAGGAGGACUUAGGUGAAGAUGAUGGUGGGAUGGCUUCCCUAAUGGCGGGAGGAGGAGGAGGAGGAGGAG